AAAAAAAAAUUGCUGUAAAAUAAAUCUAUGAAGAGAUAUCAGAUUUAAGAAUAAAGAUCAAGAUGUCUGAAGAAAUUAGAUUAAAUUCUUCAAAGCUUGGAACUAAGGAAUAUUGGAAUCAAUUUUAUCAAUUAGAGAAGAACAAUUUUGAAUCGAAUGACGAAGAUACUGGAGAAUGUUGGUUCGAUGAUUCUGAUGCCGAAGCUAAAAUGAUCAGUUUCAUAAUCGAAAAGUUAACUGAUCAAGAGUUUCCAUUUCAAAAAAGUGACAUAUCAUUUCUUGACUUAGGUACAGGGAACGGACAUUUAUUAUUUCAACUUAAUGAAGAUUUGCAAGAAGAAUACGACGGUGAAGAGUCAUUUAAUUUCACAGGUAUAGAUUAUUCACCUGAUUCAGUAGAAUUUGCUGAAAAGAUAGCCCAUAAGAAAUAUGAAGAUACUGACUUUAAAUUCCAACAAGUUGACUUAUUAAAGAAAGAUGAUGCUUUCUUCUCAGAUGCACAUAUAGGGAAAUAUGAUAUUCUUCUAGACAAGGGUACUUUGGAUGCCAUAGCAUUAAACCAAGACCCUAUAGAGGAGCAUGAUGGUAAGAUAGGUAUGGAAGUUUAUGCCUCCCAAGUGUCUAAAUUCAUGCAUAAGGAUUCUAUUCUUCUUAUAACAUCAUGUAAUUUUACUGAAACUGAAUUGGUGAGGAUAUUUAAUGAAAAUUCAGAUUUAAUAGUAUGGGAUAAGAUUAAUUAUCCAAGUUUCCAAUUUGGGGGUGUUAAAGGAUCAACUGUAUGUAGUAUUGCAUUCAUUCUUAAACAAUAAACUAGAAUAAUUGUGUACAAGUUUAUAGACAAGA